GGACAUAAUGGCUCUGGAUAACUCUAAGCGUAUCUGCGCCGGUUAACGUAGCCUCUACACAUUACCUCAGAUUGCUGGGGUAGGACAUAUUUUUUGCUAGUUAGACGCUAUAAUGAGUCAGUUAGGAGGAAAUUCUUACAAUCCUGUUAAAGAGGAGCCCAUAGAUCCAGAAAAACCAAGUUUAAACGGUGAUUUACGUUCGGCGGCAAAUCCUACUCCCCAGACUACCCGCUAUUCGGAUUUUCGACUCACAUGGGUUCCCAGGACAGAAAGAGGAAAUGCAAAACAUCAUAUUAUCAAGUUUCAUUCCAACAAAACCAUUAAUCCUGCUCAGUCGUUCGUUCCUCCGAUUAAGAUGCAACGGAAGGAUCCAAACGCGACACAAAACACACCGGCAGAACAGCCCCUUGUUGUUGAAGGACCUUCUUCAUCAGCUCCUGCCGUAAAUAUUGCAUCCAUUGCUCCAUACGGUGGAGCCCAGAAUAUGAAGCAAAAUGCUUUCAAGCGGAAAACUCGACAAGUGGUCAAAGUAGAUCCCCAAGCUCGCCGUCUGCAAGAAGAAGAGCUUUGCCCUUGGAUUAUGGAAGACUUUGACGGAAAAAAUACCUGGGCUAGUACUAUGGAAGGCGGGCAAUCUUCGUCGUUUGUACUCUUUAUGUUUUCUGAAAACGGAUUCAAAGUAAUUCCCGUGGAUCGGUUUUACCGAUUCAAUCAGAAAAGUAACUUUCAAGCCUUGACAAUCGAUGAGGCUGAAGCAAAAAUGAAUAAGAAGACUCCCAUUCCCAGAUGGUUUAUGAAAAAGGAAGCACCUGGACCCGAUGGAGAUACUGGUCCAGCUGCUCCCAUGUACAAGCUGAAAACCGUGCCGAACGCCAAGCCUGUUCAUGAACCUCGAGUUCCCGGCAGUGACGAAGAGCUUGAUUUUGAAGAAGAUUUCGCGGAUGACGAAGACGUUCCUCUCAUUGAAGGAAAUGAAGAGGACAAUAAGAAACUAGAAGAAAAAAUCAAGCGUGAAAUGCUUACAGCAAAUCUAUUUGGUGAAGCAGACCCAGAAGUGGAAUUGGAAGACCAAGAUAGUAAUCGCCCAAUUUCCCGUGAGGGUAAGAAAUUGCAGCGUUAUUUGAAGCUUCUUGAGAAAAACAAUGCCUAUGAAAGUGACGAUGAGGACGAGAAUCCUUACGCCUCGGAUGAAGAAAGUGACAGUGAGCAAGAAGUCGUUAAGGAGGAAGAAGAGAUGCACAAAAAGGAAGAAAAAAUGAAAAACAGAUUCGGCUCUGGCACUCAUCGUUCAGCUACAAGUCCUCCAGCAUCUAAGCGCUUGGAACGUUCUGCCAGUGGAUCAAUGGUGCCGACAAAAUCAUCUACAACUGCUGAUGGUCGCGGCUAUGUUGUUCUGAAGAUAGACAAAGGCAAGCCAUCUCAUACGGACAAAUCGGCUGCUGCAGGUAAACCUAAGCGGCGGCGUAUGGGCGAAGCAGAGGCUGCAGCUGAACCUUCGUCUAUGAAGAAGUCUAAGUCCAUGAUGUCGCUUUCGGAUGCGAACAUCAUCACAGAAGAAGAAGUUGUGAAUGUGUUGAAGAAUGGACCAUUGACUGUGAAAGAUCUUCUUCGUUUCUUUCAACAGAAACUCCGUUCAGAUGCUCGUAACAAGCCUCUUAUUCAAGAAAUCAUUAAGAAAGUUGCCCGUUUAGAAAACAAAGCACUUGUUCUGAAAUAAUGUGAAGGCUUUUAGAAGGCUAGUUACACUACUGUUCGUUUUUUCAUUAAGUAACUCUGACCGUUCAAGUCCCUUACCCUUUAGGGCCUACCCUUAACAGCAGCUGCUUAUCCCACAGCACCCUACACUAUAAUGUAUUACACCUACUUACCAUUUAUGUUAACUUCCUGUUAGUUCUUCACCAAAAUUCAAAAAAUAAUUAUUCAGUUAUCACAAAACAAAAAUGAUCAUGUACGGGAAUAAUCAGAUAUCGUUAAACAAAAAUACCGAGUU